CAAGACAAACCCCGUCAAGACAGUACGUGAACCACUGGACGAGAGGGAAUCUAUAAUCCGGUCUGUUAAGGCACGAAAGCAGCAAGCCGAAACGCUUCGUCUCCGCCUGCGCGUUGCGCUAUACAAGGUCAAGACGAACCAGACCAGCGUGCCCAUGUCGCGUCUGGAGAUCCCGGAGCAAUACCAACGGAAGACCACCACGCCGACCACGCAGCCCAGCGCGCCCGCACAACCGCUCCCCUCAAUCACCGUCUCACCCACCAAAGUCUCCGAUGGCUCGAAGCUCCUGCCGGCUCCUCUGCUACGCCCAACCCCAUACUCGGCCCGCCAUAUCACGGAGCCUUACAUGCCGUCAUCGCCGCCGACCUCUGUAGGCAUCGAGAGCAAUGCCACGCCUAGGGCGGUGCAGAACCCGCACGACUUCGAGACGCCGGUCAACAGGCGCGGGUUUGGGCAGCUGAGCAGUCCGCCGGGCAGUGAGGAGCAGGGAGGCCGCCAGAGGGCACACACGGAUUCGGAUAGCUUAACGAGCAGCGUGGUCAAAGGGCGGGCAGCGAGCGGGCUGUUGGAGCUUAUGCGGUCGGCGUAAGACACGGCUUUGUGCGCUACCUAAGUUCUGUGCUCGAGAGCGCGCAGGUACGGAGUAGGACGACGAGGGGAAGCAUGUCUCGCGGAAGGCGGGGAAGCGUUCAACAAAGGGACGAAGGUGCAUUUGGGGGCGUUUAGGGGCGCAUAUUCUUUCCGACAUGUAGCAAGUGCAUUUGCAGAGGACAAGGUCAGCGCAAGACAGCGGGGGGGCCCAAAAAACGGUGCUGUUUGUUUUAGUUACCUACUCGCAAAGGCAGGCGAGCGAAUGGGCAGCCCGCGACAGCACGCAUUACCUUAUUGCGCGCGCCGCCCCGCCGCGU